AUGCGUGUCCUACUUUCGAUUCUUUCAUUCUCAAUGCUGCUGUGCAUUUCUGUGGCCUCCUCCAACGGUGGGUCCCAGGGCGACCUGGUGAGCUGGCACGGAAAGGAUUCGCCAAUUAAUCUUCCCAAGAAUCUCCUACUGGUUCCCGAUGAAUCGAUGCUUUCACCGGAAGAUCGUCGGGCUUUGCAGCGAUGUAGGCCUCGCCGCGAGAGAACUGAUACUGAGAGAGAAGACGAGAACGAAGACGAAGAAAAUCAAGACUUUGCUGGGCAAGAGUUCAAGAUUGACAACGUUGUCGACAUCACCGUCGUUGAAGGCAAUCAAGCCAUGGAUCGACGCAACAUGACUACGAAUGACCUUCUCGGGAUCUUGGAUUCGAAGCGUGCAGACCAGGCAAGCCGCAGUCGUAGAAAUCGUCAAUUGAAGGGACAACGAAACACCAAUUCUGUUGAACCCGGCAACAUUCGUGGGGCGCAUCGCCAGCUCAAUGAUAAAAAGGGCAAGAAAGAGCCUAAGGAACCCAAGGAACCCAAGGACAAGAAAGGUGCUGGCAAGUCACCCAAGAAGGGAAAGAAAGGAGCGAAGAAGGGUUGUAAGAAGGGCAAGAAAGGUGACAAGAACGGUAGCGACUGUGAUUCUCAUGAGACUCAGCUUGUGUACCUUGAGUUCCCAUCCACUGAGGUCUUUUAUGUCAUGCAACUAUACUAUGAUCCCUACAGAUGCCGUGUUGUCUACGGACCAAGGCCCUACGAAGCCUACCAAUAUUCCCGAGAAGACAUGGAUCACAUUCAAGGAGAACUAGAAGCUAUGUUUGAUGGCUAUGACUUUGCAUUCACCCAGGAACAGCCAGAAGCCAACUCGACGGAGUACUCAACCAUCACCUUUGAUUGUUGGUUCGAUUCGUGCAUUUCCGUGGAUUUCCGUGGCAGAAUCCGCAUUCUCUUUGGUCAAGCCGAGAAGAUUGAUCUGAGGAACACAGAUUAUAGUGACAACGCCUUUGUACAGGGGAACUUUUGGCAGUUCGCAAAAAGUGUCGACUACAAUGACUUCAUUCUGAGGCAAUACACGAAUGCUUGCGAUUUGGUGGAUUGUGAAAACCGAGAAAACCGAGAUGAAGCGUACCGUAGUGUGAUUCUGCGACAAGCCUCUCGAACAGCUGCUCAUGAGUUGGGACACCUGACUGGAUUGCGUCACCAUGACUCCUUUGGACCAUACGGAAAUGGCAUUGCGCCAACCAUUCCCUACAGCUCUUUCUACCCAACCUACGAUGGGUUGAACGAAGGAGACGAAACCUUCCUGCACAUUAUGGGUUCGGGUGCCAGUGUUGGUCAACCCUUUUGGUUUGAAGUGAAUCGGACCGACUUUUUCAGUGAGCGUUCCAUGCUCAAGUUGCUUGCCAAUGAGGCAGGAGAGGUUCUUCACGAAGAAGAUGUUGGCGGACUCGACAACUCAAUCAAAUUCAACAAACUCCACACAGAUAUUACGUUGCCCGAAGGAGUGCAUGCCGGCAAGAAACUUGAGUUCGAAGAGAUCUUUGUCAAGGGAAGCAUUAGUGCUCCCGGUGAGACAGACUUUUACCGCUUCAAGGGGAAAGCUGGCGAGGUCAUUAGUGCCGAGUUCAAUGGCUUUGAUAUUUUCCCUUACUAUGAUGAGGACUACAACGUCACGAUUGGUGCUCUGAACUUGUACAAGGAGGAGGAGGAUGGCACCUGGAUGCUGGUCUCACAAAAUCAUCAGAAUUUUGAAGGAUUCGACGCUCUCAUGAUUGAUGCCACGCUCGAGACCGACGGGACCUUCAUUAUGGAAGUUUUUUCACCGGACUCCGUCUUUAUGGGCUACUGCAUUGACUACCGCCCAUACGGACCAGUGCUUCUCAGUUUGAUGAGUCUAGAUCGAACUGGCUACUCGGACUUUCGCGUUGGCAACUACUACUUGUCUAUCUACAAGAUUGCUGCCGAGGAGAUGGAAGAUUCACCUUAG